AUGGAUAGCCUAGAUAUCGAUCAGCGGCCUGCGAAGAAGAGACGCUUCUUUGUCGAGGAUUCUCCAGAGCCUGAACGUACUGUAUUCUCCACCGCGUCGCCACAUAACGACGCGCUCUCCACAGCCAAUACCACUCUACAUGAGAAACUGCUUGAGCCCAACUCGAGCCAGACUGAUCUCAGUAUCCACGAUGGCAAAGACGGAAUGGAUGUCGAUGCCUCGAAAAAUUUCGAAAAGGAGACGUUCGAGAGCUUUGUUGGUGAUAAAGUGGCGCCGGCUACAUUCGAUAAGCUACGAGAGGUGUCCGGUGACAAUAUGGAGCGUGCGAUUAACAUGUACCUCGACGGCUCGUGGGCCAAUGUACCCGCGCCUCCAGCCCCUAGACCUUCUUCGUCUUCCAUCAUGAAUGUGUCCAACUCGGGACUUCCAGAGCGGACCUGCCAGCAGCACAGGACUGAAGAAAGACGAUUAUCAGAUAUCAUGGAUACAGGGAGCACAUUGGACAGAAUACCAGACUACAGAUAUGUAGGUGCCUUCGGCGUUGGGGCAUGGGCAACACGAAGUGGUACUGGUCUUAUAAAGAUGGGAGAAGCCAUCAAGAUCGAGCGAACGAAGAUCAAGGCUCCUGUAAAGAUAGGCCGAGGUGGGAAGGCAACCCAGACAAAUGCUGCAAGAAUGAGGGGCGACGUCAUUGUACGCUUUACGAAUUCGAGAGGAGAGGAGGUGGGUAGAUUACCGAAGGAGACCGCCAAUUGGGUGUCUACUUUGAUGGACCAAAAGGUCUGUAGGUUCGACGGUGUCUGCUUUCUGGCCCCAGAAAGGGUCCGGGUCAAUGAUACGAUCGAGCUGCAAUUGAGGUGCUCGUUGCUAAGGAGAGCAUUCGAAGUUGGCGGCUUCCAGAAGCCCGAGGACAACCGGACUACGGGUUUCUUCGAAGAGAAGGAGACGUCCGAUGAGAAGAAUCUGAGACUAAGGCAGGUCGCUAUGGUCAAAUUGUUCGACGAGGUCAACCUGCACCCAACGACGGUCAAUGAUACUACAGCGAGGCACAAGCGGCAGGGCAUACUACAGGCUGCGGAAAUCGCAGAGCAGUAUGACAAGGAAAAGGAAAGCAAGAACCCGAAGUUCAGUAAGGAUCCGAAGUCAACCCAGGACGGUAGUUCUACACCGCCUGAAGACGAGGAGGAGGAGGGCAAGGAGCUGGAGCAGGAUCAGCUUGAUAGCCUGUACAAGAAGGCGCAGUCCUUUGAUUUUGACACACCAAUAAGAGAACCUUCGGACACCUUUGCUAUGGAUCUCAGGAAAUACCAGAAGCAGGCCUUGCAUUGGAUGGUGAGCAAAGAAAAGGACGAAAAGUCUGACGAUAAAGAGGUGUCCAUGCAUCCACUAUGGGAAGAGUACACAUGGCCUACCAAAGACAUGGACGACAAGAAUGUUCCCAGUGUAACCAACCAGAGCAGCUUCUACGUAAAUCCUUACUCAGGAGAAUUAUCUCUGGAUUUUCCUGUUCAGGAGCAACAUUGUCUUGGCGGUAUUCUGGCCGACGAAAUGGGCCUCGGAAAGACUAUCGAAAUGCUCAGUCUCAUGCAUUCUUUUAUCGGAACAUCCGAUAUCUCAACGCAGGCCUCCCAGCCCGGUCCUUCGUCAGUCGCCAACCUGCCUAGAUUACCCAAGAACUCGUCAGCUGUCGCGCCUGCACCAAGCACUACUCUCGUUGUGGCUCCUAUGUCUCUUUUGGCGCAGUGGGAGAGUGAAGCCGUCAAGGCGUCUAAGCCGGGAACAUUCAAGGCGAUGGUCUACUAUGGUAGCGAGAAGGCGGCUAACCUACAGAAUCUAUGCUGCGAAGCCAACGCUGCAUCGGCUCCCAACCUCAUCAUUACUAGUUACGGUGUCGUGCUCUCCGAAUUCAAUCAGGUAGCUGCUCGUGGAGGAGACCGAGGGUCGCAUGGUGGCCUCUUCUCCCUCGAUUUCUUCCGUGUCAUCCUAGAUGAAGCGCAUUUCAUCAAGAACAGACAAUCGAAAACUGCAAAGGCUUGCUACGAGCUCAAUGCCCAGCAUCGAUGGGUCCUCACAGGAACGCCCAUCGUCAACCGUCUUGAGGAUCUCUUCAGCUUGGUCCGGUUCUUGCGUGUCGAACCGUGGUCGAAUUUCUCCUUCUGGAAAACUUUCAUUACGGUGCCCUUUGAAUCAAAGGAUUUCCUGCGUGCUCUCGAUGUAGUGCAAACAGUCCUCGAGCCUCUCGUCAUGCGCCGCACAAAGGACAUGAAGACGCCAGACGGUGAAGCUUUGGUCCCUCUCCCGCCACGAACUAUUGAGAUCGAGGAGCUCGAGUUGUCCAAGCAGGAGCGAGAAGUCUAUGACUACAUCUUCACUCGCGCGAAGCGCACUUUCAAUGCCACCAUGGAAGCAGGAACGCUGCUGAAGUCUUACACCACCAUCUUCGCCCAGAUUCUCCGGCUGCGCCAAUCCUGUUGUCAUCCUGUGCUGACACGGAAUAAGGCUAUCGCUGCCGAAGAAGAGGAAGCUGCAGCCGCGUCUGAUGUAGCGAAUGGCCUUGCUGAUGAUAUGGACUUGCAAGAGUUGAUCGAACGAUUCACGUCAGACUCGGACUCUGGCGAGCAGGACAUAACCAACAAGUUCGGAGCUCACGUCCUGCAAGAGAUCCAAUCGCAAGCGAACAAUGAAUGUCCCAUCUGCGCCGAAGAGCCAAUGAUAGAGCCUGCCGUGACAGGCUGUUGGCACAGUGCCUGCAAGAAAUGCUUACUAGACUACAUCGAGCAUCAAAAAGAGAAGCAUGCUCUUCCACUAUGUUUCAACUGCAGGGAACCCAUCAAUCAGCGCGACAUCUUCGAAGUGAUCCAUCACGACAACGAUGACGAGGAUGACCUUUACAGUGCCACACAACCAGGCCAGGCUUCUACACCCCCACGCAUUACCCUCCGCCGCAUCGGCUCAUCCUCAUCCGCCAAAAUCGCCGCCCUGAUCUCCCAUCUCAAAGCCCUCCGCGUGAACAACCCCGGCACCAAAUCCGUCGUCUUCUCCCAAUUCACCUCUUUCCUCGACCUCAUCUCUCCCGCCCUCACCCAGGCCAACAUCCCCUUCCUGCGCUUCGAUGGCGCCAUGUCUCAAAAAGCCCGAGCCGCGGUGCUCCUCGAAUUCGCUGCCUCGCAGACAAAGAAAAACGGCCAUGGUACGGUGCUUUUACUGAGCUUACGCGCUGGCGGUGUUGGUUUGAAUCUGACGGCCGCGAAGAGAGUCUUCAUGAUGGACCCGUGGUGGAGUUUCGCCGUGGAAGCGCAGGCUAUCGACCGCGUGCAUCGGAUGGGGCAGGAGUCGGAGGUCAAGGUCGUGCGGUUUGUCAUCGGGGGCAGUAUUGAGGGGAGGAUGUUGAAGAUUCAGGAGAGGAAGAAGUUCAUCGCCAGUUCGUUGGGGAUGAUGAGUGAGGAGGAGAAGAAGAUGCAGAGGAUUGAGGAUAUUAAAGACUUGCUGUCGUGA